GCCAGAUUUAUUAGUUCGACCAGAUAAUCGGCCGUUGCCAUCUCUUGUCAUGGAGUCCGGAUGGAGUGAAUCUUUGUCCCGAUUUUGGGAUGAUAUGAAUCUCUGGCUGAUCGGUAGCCAGGGACAUGUCAAAGCGACAAUUAUACUCAACUGGCAGCUAGUUGCUAAUAUAAACACAGUUCGAGGACAUGUCGAGCUGUACACCUUAGACAGGAAUAGAAUGCCUCAUUUACAACAAAAUAUCAUCGUCUUCCCUGCUCCUCCUGCCCAGGCUGCAGCCCAACAACUUGUCCUGACGCGGGAGGAAAUUUUCGGCGGCCAUGUUUUCCAAGGCCAAGACCCCAACGACCAGUUUGUAUUCUCGAUUGACCUUCUGCGCGAGAAGGCUACUGAUGCAUUGAGACUGAUGAAUCUUGUUCCCGCGUGAUGCCUUCGGGUAUCUGGAUUAUCACUUGGAAGCAGACAUUCUACUGAAAGCUUCUACUAUUACUUCUUUUCCUGUCUCUUGUCGUCAGCACAAUUGUUUAAUGACGCGAUGAUACAGAAUACGAAAGCAAUCACAGGUAUUAUUUGCUAGGGGAACCGCUAACAGUUUUAGCAAUGAAUGCGUAUUCCAUCACUUCGGCCAGGAAAUCCCAAAAUAUGAACACAUGAUCUCCA